CAGUCGCGACCAAAACAUUUCAUGGUUUUAAUGAUUUUCACUCACUGUGGUCCUUUAACUGUUUAGCAGCAGCACAGCAAUAAUUGGCACGAGUCUACUCCGCAUUGAAAAUAACUAAGGUAGAUAUAUUUGUUGAAAUGCGCUUGUAAUAGCCCUCGUCGUGAUUGUUUUAGGUGUUUAUCGGCAGUAAUGUGAAGCGGUGAACAAUAAUCGCUCGUAUGAAACCCGAACGACGCUUGUGAAGUCUGAACUUGAGGGAACUAUUAGUUCCCCGUCUCCACUUCUCAUGCCUCGUCUUCAGAAGAGUGAAAGAGGGACACAAAGGCCAAAACUAGACUGGAGGUUUGUUCAGAGGUUCUGCAGCAUCCUCAAGGUCCUGUUUCCAUCAUGGACCAGUCAGAGUGUGCUGAUGUUUGGGACGCUGCUCGCUGUCACUUUGACAGAGCAGAUGAUCAUUUACCAAGUGGGUGUCCUCCCGAGUCACUUCUACAGCGUGCUGGCAGACAAAGAUUACCCCGGCUUCAGGGGUCUGGUGACAGCAGCGAUGGUCCUCAUUUUAUUAAACUCCACACUGAAGAGUAUUGACCAGUACAUUUGCAAUCAGAUGUAUGUCAACUGGAGGAAGAUGCUCACCGAGAGCCUCCAUUCAGCCUACUUCCAGGGAAGAGUCUAUUAUACACUCAACGUUCUCAGAGAGGACGUAGAUAACCCGGACCAGCGGAUCAGCCAGGAUGUAGAGCGGUUGUGUAAGCAGAUGAGCACCAUGGCUAGUCGUUUGAUUGUUUCACCGUUCACGCUGUCUUACUACACCUACCAGUGUUUUCACAGCACCGGCUGGAUCGGUCCUGUAAGCAUCUUUGGAUACUUUGUGGUUGGAACUAUCGCCAAUAAAAUCCUCAUGGGGCCGAUUGUGUCCACCCUGUUUGAGCAGGAAAAACUCGAGGGAGACUUCAGAUUCAAGCACAUGCAAAUCCGUGUCAAUGCAGAGUCUGCAGCUUUUUUCAGAGCUGGUAAAGUGGAGCAUUUAAGAACGGACCGAAGACUGCGGGCACUGUUACAGACUCAGAAGAGUCUCAUAAAUAAAGAGCUUUGGCUUUACAUUGGGGUUAACACGUUCGACUACUUCGGAGGUUUCCUCAGCUACAUCAUCAUUGCCAUUCCUAUCUUUACCGGUGUUUAUGAUGGUCUCACUCCCGGUGAACUCAGUGCAUUGAUCAGUAAGAAUGCCUUUGUGUGCAUCUACUUGAUAAAUGGCUUCACGCAGCUAAUAGACCUGUCAACUACUCUGUCAGAUGUGGCCGGAUACACACACAGGAUUGGGGAGCUGAGGGAGGUGAUGGCUGACAUCCUACGCAAGCAGUGUGACUACGACCCUGCGUCAGGGGAGAGCUACGACUUUGACAGUGACUUUAAUGUCCACGGAGGCCCCGUGGACACGGCCUUUAUCGUGGACCAUCUCUCAUACAAAUCUCCAUACUCAGACCAGCUGUUAGUUGAGGAUCUGAGUCUGAAAAUCAGUCAAGGAACUCAUCUGCUGGUGGUGGGGAACACGGGCACCGGCAAGACGUCACUGCUGCGGGUCCUGAACCGGCUCUGGGAAGCACACAGCGGUUUUGUCCAGAUGACCACGUGUUUCGGGCCCAGAGGAACCCUCUUCCUGCCACAGAAACCCUUCCUGACUGACGGCACUCUGCGUGAACAGGUGAUCUACCCACUGAAGGAUAUUUACCCUGCAUCAGGGUCGGUGGACGACGACAGAAUUAUACAAUUCCUGGAACUGGCUGGAGUGUCCAGCCUCCUUAAACGGACCGGCGGGCUGGAUGAAAAAGUGGAAUGGAACUGGUAUGAUGUUCUGUCUCCAGGUGAAAUGCAGCGUCUCAGCUUUGCGCGACUCUUCUACCUGCAGCCUGAAUAUGCCGUUUUAGACGAGGCCACCAGCGCUUUGACCGAGGAGGCAGAAGCACAACUGUACCGAACGUGUAAGCAGCUGGGCAUGACGUUGGUCAGUUUGGGACAUCGCAGCAGCCUGGAGAAGUACCACGAUGUUCAGCUGAAGCUGUGCGGAGGAGGAAGAUGGGAGUUAACCAAGUUAAGAGAAGCCAGCGGGAAUUUCGGCCUCGGAGAAGACGACCUGUGACCACCAUGAAAUGCACUUUUAGCAGAUAGCAGAACCACUCUUUGACUCAUCAGUUCAACCCAGUUGGACAGCCGUAAGCUAAAGUGCACAUAAAACUUGUACUG